UUCUCCGUAAUUGGACAAUAUUUCAUCACUAGAUCAUCAAAUCUUUCAGCCUAUCUCGUCUCCUUUCGAUAUUUUAAUUUUACCUUAGAAAUAUACAAAUGGACGAAAAUCAGGCAUUUCAAAUUAACGCCGCGGCAGUAACAAGAAACUAUUCAGUCACACCCCGUAUAGAUUAUCGAACGGUUGCCAGUAUAAAUGGUCCUCUUGUAGUUUUGGACAAUGUUAAAUUUCCAAAAUAUGCUGAAAUUGUAAAUUUGACAUUACCUGAUGGUUCUCGUCGUGCUGGUCAAGUUUUAGAGGUUCAGGGAAAGAGGGCUGUUGUUCAGGUUUUUGAAGGGACAUCUGGUGUUGAUGCCAAAGCAACACAUGUAGAGUUUACCGGUGAUACUCUUAAGAUUCCGGUUUCUGAAGACAUGUUGGGUCGUAUAUUCAAUGGAUCUGGUAAAGCUAUUGACAAAGGCCCAAAGGUGUUUGCUGAAGAAUUUUUAGAUAUUAAUGGAUCUCCAAUCAAUCCAUUUUCGCGUAUUUAUCCGGAAGAAAUGAUUCAAACCGGUAUUUCAGCUAUAGAUACUAUGAAUUCAAUUGCCCGUGGUCAAAAAAUUCCGAUCUUUUCUGCAGCAGGUUUACCACAUAAUGAAAUUGCCGCUCAAAUUUGUCGUCAAGCUGGCCUUGUUAAAAAAAUCGCCGACAAGGGAAUAUAUGAUGAUCAUGAAGAUAAUUUUUCGAUCGUAUUUGCGGCUAUGGGUGUCAAUAUGGAAACUGCACGUUUCUUUAAACAAGAUUUUGAAGAAAAUGGUUCCAUUGAAAGGGUCACUUUAUUUUUAAAUUUGGCUAAUGAUCCAACUAUCGAACGUAUUGUUACACCACGGUUGGCUCUUACUACUGCCGAAUACUAUGCUUACCAACUUGAAAAACACGUCUUAGUCAUCUUGACUGAUAUGAGUUCAUAUGCUGAUGCGUUACGUGAGGUUUCUGCUGCACGUGAAGAAGUACCAGGUCGUCGUGGUUAUCCGGGUUAUAUGUAUACCGAUUUAUCUACAAUUUAUGAACGUGCGGGACGUGUCGAAGGAAGGAAUGGUAGUAUUACGCAGAUUCCCAUCUUGACUAUGCCAAACGAUGAUAUUACUCAUCCCAUUCCAGAUUUGACAGGUUAUAUUACAGAGGGUCAAAUUUUCGUUGACCGUCAAUUACAUAAUCGUCAAAUCUAUCCGCCUAUUAAUGUCUUACCUUCUCUCUCUCGACUGAUGAAAUCCGCUAUUGGUGAAGGAAUGACAAGGAAAGAUCACGGCGAUGUCUCGAAUCAGUUGUAUGCUAAAUAUGCUAUUGGUCGUGAUGCUGCGGCCAUGAAAGCUGUAGUAGGUGAAGAAGCUUUGAAUCAAGAAGAUAAACUUUCUCUCGAAUUUUUGGAGAAGUUUGAGAAGACGUAUAUUUCUCAAGGUGCAUACGAAUCGAGAACAAUCUACGAAUCUCUAGAUCAUGCUUGGUCAAUUCUUCGUAUAUUCCCGAAAGAAAUGUUGAAUCGUAUACCACAAAAAGUAUUGCAAGAAUUUUAUCAACGUGACAGAAAAGCAAAGGCUACACAGAAAAAUAAAGCUGUGGUUGAUACAACUGAAGCGUGAAUUUUAUUAAUAAUUUAUAAAUCUGAAAAUUUAAUUAUUAAUAUAUUUAAUUGUUAGGUUAUUAUAUUUUAUCUAGACAUUAUUUAUUCAAGAAUUUUAAAAUAGCAUCAAUUUUCCUUUAAUAAAAUAUGAAAUAAACUACAUAAUAUACAUGUUAACGAACACCUACAUAAAUGACUUUCUCUUGUAGAAUUUAUUACUAAGUUAGAUUUCCAAUAUACGAUUUAGUAAUGAUCAGACAAUCAAAUUGUACUUGAAAAACGGAUACAGUCUAUAUCAAGAUGCUCUACACGUAAAAAGAGAUAUUUGCAUAUGAACAAUUCGAAGCGAAAUUAAAUUAUAUAAACAAACAGUCAACGCCCAAAUAUAGAUUGACUUUUUCAUUUUUUCAGUUCGAUAAAUCCUUGUGAUUUAU